AUGGAAAAUCUUUCUAAACGUGAAUUUGGCCUUGGAUAUAUCUGGCAAAAGCUACCUGUCUUGGUUCUUGAUGCCGAAAUUCAUCUUGAUGUGAUAGGUCUGGUAGACACCAUCAAAGAUAAAAAUCAGGCAUUGAAUCAAGACCGUGCCAAGGCAAUGAUAUUCCUCCGCCAUCAUCUUGAUGAGAGCUUGAAAAUGAAAUAUCUCGCUGUUAAAUAUCCUCUUAUGCUGUGGAAUAAUUUGAAAGAUAGAUAUGACCACCUGAAGAUGGUUAUGCUUCCACAAGCACAUUUUGAUUGGAUCCAUUUGAGGCUACAAGAUUUUAAAUCUAUUUGUGCGUAUAAUUCUGCCAUGUUUAAAAUUAUUUCUCAGUUGAAAUUAUGUGGUGAAAAUAUCACUGAUAAUGAUAUGCUGGAGAAUGUUUUCUCCACUUUUCCUGCCUCGAGUAUGCUCCUGCAGCAGCAAUACCGAGAGAUGAGGUCCAAGAAAUAUUCUGAACUAAUCUCACAUCUUCUAGUGGCUGAACAACAUAAUGAAUUAUUAAUGAAAAAUCAUGAAAGCCGACCUACUGGUACUAUCCCAUUCCCUGAAGUGAAUGAGGCAAAUUUUCACCAUUCUAGGCAUGGAAGAGGUCGUGGCCCCAGUCGUGGUCAUGGCCAUGGUCGAGGAAGAAAAUUUAUUCUUGAUUCUCUUCUUGCACCAAAUAAUACCCUUCACCACCAGCAGUGUAAAAAGAAGGAUGAAAAGCAUGAAGCUGUGCAAAAGAAAGAUUUAGAAAAUAAAUGCUACCGAUGUGUAGGAAAGGGGCACUAG